GAAGGAGGCGUUGGGAAGAAAGUUAUUUGUCUUCAACAAAAACCGUACCCCCAAACUUUCUAGGGUUUAUAUCAGAAUCCAGUGGACCUGAGUCAAUCGUCUAUCUUCUGGUUCCACAGAAACUUCACAGAAUGACGAUGACCCAGUUUGCAAUGGUCGAGGAAUUGGCUUUUCUUAUUAAGGACAAUCUUCCUUGCAAGCAUCUUGUUCUCUCAAUUGAAGAAGCCUUGGUCAACUUCCUUCAAGACGAUAACAGUCUAGAUGGGGUCAUGGAGCUGGAACCGAUGAAUCCAUACGAGCGUCUUCUCGUGCAUCGUCUUGCUGAUAUAUUUGGAUUUGCCCAUGUAUCCAUUGGCGAAGGAGAUGAAAGGCAUCUAACUUUAGAGCGGUGCCCAGAGACGUCAAUACCUUCAAUUCUUGUUAGUGAUAUUAUAUGGCAGUAUCAGGAAUCUCAACCUCCAACAAUGUCACACCAACUGUUAAGAAGAAAUGAAGCUUCCCCAGUGUUGAAAGCUAGAGAGCCUUCUCUCCAGUAUUCACUUGAAGAGAGGGAGGCGGCUUACCUGGCUGCUCGUGAGCGGAUUUUCUCAAUGGAUGAAGGCGAGAUCAGAGAAUCUGUGCAGCAGAAGCCCCGAAAUGUUCCUGUGGUUGCUCGACGCAUGAUUGCCCAUGCACUAGGUCACAGAAUCAACUCAUGCAACCAGGAUGUUAAAGAAUGUGAAGGCCAAAUUGCAGAGCUGACUGUUCAAGACAAAGAUUCGAGUGCAGAAGCUUGUCAAAAUGAAAACUCGUGCAGCAAAACAAGUGUGGGUAGCCAUAAUGGUAAUGGUGCAUUGUCUCAUGGUGGAAGGAAGACACCCCAGAAAUCAGCAGACAGGAGUCCUUCCAACAGUAGCAGUCCCCCAAGCAGAAGAAAUAAAUCGCGUGUUUGCACAGAGAACCCAAAGGAGGUACAUUUGGGAGCUGCAAGGAGGAUGUUUGCUCAUGCCCUGGGAUUGCAAUCACCAAAGGAUGCUCUUAUUUCAAAACCCGGAAACACACAGCAGAUGAACACUGAGUAGGAGCUUACCAUACCUCUAUACACAAGAACUGGAUUGAUUGCUUCCUGUUUCGCCUUCACCCAGUAGGCUCGAGUUCUCCAGGCUUCCUGUUCCACCAACUGAGAAACGACUCAACAAGGCACAUAAUGUAAGAUGGCUAUGGAGGACUGACAGUAAUACAGCAGCUCAAAACUUAACGACGGCAUAUAGGAGGAGAAACAAAAACCCGAUCCAGUGCAAUACCUGCAUCGCAUCAGAGGAAGACAAUGGAGUUUCAAGGAAAACCAGAAGGUUUCUGCAAAAAAAUUCAGCUGGGGUAUGAUCUUUUUACCCAAAUUUGAAGUUUUGGAGUAGAAACCCAGUCUUGGGGGUUCUUGAUUUUGUUAUGUAAGCAUUGAGCACUGUAUGAAAAAAUGGUUGGAUUGAUAAUUUUAUUUAAUAUUAUAAAGUAAAAUGUGAUUUUAUGAAA